CAGCUCAGCUCAAAAAGAGUGAGGGGAAGAGAGAACAAAAGGAAUAAAACAAGCUUGUUCUCUCUCUCAUCUACCCGCCUUGCUCGAUCCAUCUUCCAAAAUAAAAACAAUUCCAAUUCAAAAAAACAAUGGCAUUUCAGGGAACAAACCAGAAGUGCAUGGCCUGCGAGAAGACCGUGUAUCUCGUUGAUCGCCUCGCCGCAGACAACAGAGUCUACCACAAAUCAUGCUUCAGAUGCUACCACUGCAAGGGCACCCUCAAGCUCAGCAACUUCAACUCCUUCGAGGGGGUUCUCUACUGCCGCCCGCACUUUGAUCAGCUGUUCAAGCGAACCGGCAGCCUGGACAAGAGCUUCGAAGGGAUCCCCAAAGUGGCGCGGCCGGAGAAGGGUGCGGGUCCCGUGGACGCGGGGGAGAGGCUUGGGAGGGUGCCGUCGGGGCACUUUGUAGGGACGACGGAUAAAUGCGUCACCUGCACCCUCACGGUUUACCCGACGGAGAAGAUCAGCGUGAACGGCACGGCGUACCAUAAGGCCUGCUUCAAGUGCAGCCACGCGGGGUGCACCAUCAGCCCGUCUAACUAUAUUGCCUACGAGGGGAGGCUCUACUGCAAGCAUCACCAUAUUCAACUCUUCAAGGAGAAGGGCAAUUAUAGCCAGCUCGACAGUGAAGGUAGCGGGAAUUUUAGUGCCAGUGAUACUGAGAGCGCCGCCGCCGCUUCCGUCCUACCUGAAGAAAUCGCGGCCGCCGAGUGAUCCCCGGAUCGGAGCGAGCUUUUUGCCCAUAUAAUGCAUGCGCGCAGAUGAUAUGAUGUUUAAUUUGUAUGAUGAGCUGAUCGAGGUUUCAUUAUUUGGCUUUUGUCUUUCUUGUUUUUUUUAUUUUUUUUUUCUUUUUCCUACAUAAUAAUACACAUUAUUUUUGCUAGCUUGUGCAUCAUU